AUGCCAGACUGGCAGAGCGCCAUGAAAGCAGCAAAAACCAAGGAGGAACGGUUCAAGGUUGGUUUGCAAGUGGGCGACUUUGGGACCAGCUACACAAUUCUGUUUCAAGAGCUGAUCUCCAGCUUUGUCUCCGGAGACAAGGAGCAACUGGACGAGUUUCUGACGAACGUCGGGAUUGCAGAGUGGCAACUUGCCCUUAUCCAAGUGGUGGUGCUGGCCUUCCCCCUCGCUGUGAUCACCUAUGUCUUGGGCUUGUGGAAGCUCUAA